AUGGCGCCAGGCGAGCGCCCAGAGCAGGCCAAGGGCUCGCCCGCGGCCGGCGCCGAGGGCGAGGCCGCGGAGGCCAGGGAGCGCCUCUUUGCCGCCGCGCUCCUCGGGCACUCGGCGGACGCCUGCGGCGAGACCCUGUGCAACUUCCGCGUGACGCACCUCCCGAGCGGCCACUCGUGGUACCUCCGGCGCGGGCUGCAGGAGUGGCUCGAGCUCCAGGAGAGUAUCCACUGGGAGAUCGAGGCCGGCGUCCACAAGAAGGGCGAGGGCAAAGGCCCGAAGGCGGCGGAGCGGCCCGGCGACGUGCACCCAGGGCUGCUUCGCGUGGCGCGUUCGGCCUGUGCCUCGGUGCUGGGCGGGGGCCUGGGGCGCAGCAGCGGCUCCAGGGCCCCCAGGAUGAGCGGCGCCAUGAUCGGCGGGGCCGUGGCGGCCGACGUGCAGCGUCGCCAGAGGCAGACGGAGGCGCUGCAGGCCCAGCUGUCGCAGAUGCUGUCGGAUCCGCGGCUGAGGCACAGCGGCGCCUUGCAGCGGUUCCUCGGCAUCCAGCUCCCCGAAGUCCCCAGCCUCGUGCGCGUCGCCAGGCUGCAGCCGGACCCCAUGGUCUGGAGGCCCGAGGACGGGGACGCCGCUCUCAUCGAGGGCACGGUCGAAGUCACUAUUCGCGACGUCCUCGACGAGGCUUCCCCGGACAGCGGCGAAGCGCCGGCGCUGGCCACGCACGUCGUGGCGACCGUGGCCGCCGUUGUGGAGUCCGACAGGUCGGUCGACAUGUGCUCAGACGUGGACCUGAUCCCGGUCACCGAGAUCGAGAUGCCCGUAGUUGUACCGAUGCAGAUCGUGGUGGGCGGGCUGCGCCCGCUCAGCGCCUAUGAGUUCGAGGUAUGCGCGGCCAACGCCGUGGGCCGCUCAGGCAGCGUCCGCAUCCGCGUGCUGGUACCCUCGGCCUCCAUGCUGGCCGGGGAGCUUGCCUCGGACCUGGCGCAGUCGGUGCAGCCCCGCUCGGUGGCUGCGCUGGUGAGUUCGAUCGCCCACGCUUUUAAGGUGUCAGCCCUGCUCGCGAGCCCCGUCCGCAGCUCCCGCCUGCGGCAGGGCGCGGUGCACCAGCACGCAGGAAACGCGCGGGUGAGCAAGGCGAUCGAUGCGCUGGAGGCCUCCAGGACUGAGAUGUUUUUUCAUUGUAGUUUCAGUGUCUGGCGGCUUGUUUCGGAGCGCAGGACCGUCCAGGCCGAGCACAAUGAGCUCGAAGCAAUCAAGUCGUCAAACGAUCCGAUCACCCAAAUCAAGAAGGCCGUCGAGGAGCAGGGUAGCUUCGGCGGCACGACGGAGGAGCAGAAGCAGAAACCGAUGAUGACACCGAUCAACAAGAUGCGGGCGCAGCUGUGCUGGUCGCGGCCGGACAUCUGGAACCACAGGGAGUGCCUGCUCUUCUUGGGCCUCCGCUGCAAGAAAGAGCAAACCGGCAUGAAUAUUUGCUCCCGAUUUCUGGAACGCGCGCCCAGCGAGUGCGGCAACCCUAGCGCGGCCGAUGAGUUGCCCAAAGGGCUGAAGUCUUUCUGCAAGGUCGCCUGGAAGAUCAAGCUUAUCGUAGGUGGGCACCUCGAGACGUCCCUGCUGGCCCUGAUCCCGUGUGAAAGACCUUCUCGGCGAGCGUGCGAGAGCCUGACCUCGUUUCCCCCCUGCGGAAGCGAGCCGCGGAAGCCGGUGGAGCCAAACCGAGGACCGACCCGGCGGAAGCUCGGGCGGAAGCUGGCGGAGUAG